AUGCAAUAAUUUUUGAAUCAAUUUAAAGAGAUAAUUAAUGUGAAUGAUAUUAUCCAGAAAGAUGAAAAUACUGCGAUAGGAUAAAUUUACCUUUAUAACCAAUUUUCUCUUGAAUUCGAGGAUUUAGUCGAAAAGUUUACAACCACCUAAAGCAUUUGUGGUUUCACAUCAGUUGCAAAUGCAAUAGCUUUAAAAUAAAUAGGACCUUCAGUUGGAUAUGUUUAAGCUAUUUAACACUUAAAGAAAAACUCUUAAUUAAGAAGAAAAUAUGUAUAAGAUGCUAUGAUUUUUAUUCAAAACAGCCGAAGAAAAUACAUUUAAUCAAAUUAAUGGUUGAGUUCUAAUGAAAAAGAGGGUACAAAAUAUUUGAAGGAUUGGGUGGCUAAUUAUGAAAUAAGCGAUUAUUUGAGAGAGAAGAAAUUUGAAAAUAUCUUUUUUAUAAGAAACGUAGCCUACGAUCAUCCUGAGGCGAUGGAGAAACUUUAAUUUGAGGAGAAGGACAGAAUUGUGGAGGAAGCACCGUAUAAGGGAGAUAGCUACUUUGUAGAUUAUGGGUUCACUAAAGAAUUUAUUAGAAGGAAGGACUUUGAAUAUUCCUCUUAACACAUCUAUGUUAUUGACAUUUUGGGGCAUUUCAUUUGCAGUAUAGUUUUCGAGGAGCAGGGGAAAAAGUUAAUAUUACUGUUAGAGACAAUGGAAAAUAAUCGGCUGAAUAACCAAACAAUUAAGCAAUUUUAUAAGAUUUGA